AUGGACGAACGCAGGCUGAAGUGCCUGAGGGGCUUCCAGCAGAUUCUGCGGGAGAAGAGAGAGACCAGACGCAACCUCACCAGUAUGACCAUGUCCAGCUUCUCUCAGGAAUACUUUGAACCAGAUGGAAGCCAAGAUGGAGAUCAGAGCCGAUAUCAAGAUGGUGACCCCAGCAAGCACCCGUGGGCCAAGCCAGGGGGCAACACCCCCUUUGGCAUUGACAGCAUGCCCGACCUUCGUAAGAGGAGACCCAUUCCCCUCGUUAGUGAACUGGCGAUGUCUAUGAUCCAGUCCAGGAAAGCUGGACUCGCCCACACACUGGCCACACGGACGUCCCUGAAAGAUGAAGAGCUUAAAACCCACGUGUACAAGAAGACGCUGCAGGCUCUGAUCUACCCCAUCUCCUGCACCACGCCCCACAACUUCGAGGUCUGGACGGCCACCACGCCCACGUACUGCUACGAGUGCGAGGGUCUGCUCUGGGGAAUCGCCCGCCAGGGAAUGCGCUGCGCCGAGUGCGGAGUGAAAGUGCACGAGAAGUGCCAGGAGCUGCUGAACGCCGACUGUCUGCAGAGAGCGGCCGAGAAGAGCUCCAAGACGGGAGCGGAGGACCGGACUCAGCACAUCAUCAUGGCCAUGAAGGACCGGAUGAAGAUCCGCGAGAGGAACAAGCCGGAGAUCUUCGAGGAGAUCCGGAGCGUGUUCGACAUCUCCAAGAUGAUCCACGCGCAGUACAUGAAGGGCAUCAAGCAGAGCGUCCUGGACGGCACCUCCAAGUGGUCGGCCAAGAUCACCAUCAACAUCGUCAGUGCACAGGGUCUCCAGGCCAAGGACCGGACGGGCUCCAGUGACCCGUACGUCACCAUCCAAGUCGGCAAAACCAAGAAGAGAACGAAGACCAUCUACGGGAACCUGAACCCGGUCUGGGAGGAGAAGUUCAGCUUCGAGUGCCACAACUCGUCGGACCGGAUCAAGCUGCGAGUCUGGGACGAGGACGACGACAUCAAGUCUCGGGUGAAGCAGCGACUGAAGAGGGAGUCGGACGACUUCCUGGGUCAGAGCAUCAUCGAGGUCCGGACGCUGAGCGGAGAGAUGGACGUCUGGUACAACCUGGAGAAGAGAACAGACAAGUCGGCUGUGUCUGGAGCGAUUCGUCUUCAUAUCAGUGUGGAGAUCGAGGGAGAGGAGAAGGUGGCACCGUACCACGUACAGUACACGUGCCUUCAUGAGAACAUGUUCCACUUCUCCACGGACGUGGAAGGCGGUGGCGUGGUGAAGAUCCCGGGCGCUCAGGGCGACGACGCCUGGAAGGUUUACUUUGGCGAAGUGCAACAGGAUCUCGUGGACGAGUUCGCCAUGCGCUACGGCAUCGAGUCGAUAUACCAGGCGAUGACCCACUUCUCCUGCCUGUCCUCUAAGUACAUGCUGUCGGGGGUUCCAGCCGUGAUGAGCACCCUGCUGGCCAACAUCAACGCCUUCUACGCCCACCCCACCGCCUCCACCAACGUCUCCGCUCCGGCCCGAUUCGCAGCCUCCAACUUCGGGAGAGAUCGAUUUGUGAAGCUCCUGGAUCAGCUGCACAACUCGCUGCGUAUCGACCUCUCCAUGUACAGAAAUAACUUCCCAGCCAGCAGCAAGCCCCGCCUCCACGACCUCAAGUCCACAGUGGAUCUUCUCACCAGCAUCACGUUCUUCAGAAUGAAGGUGCUGGAGCUGCAGAGUCCCCCCCGAGCGGCCAACGUGGUGCGGGACUGCGUGAAGGCCUGUCUGAACUCCACCUACGAGUACAUCUUCAACAACUGUCUGGAGCUCUUCAACCGUCAGUUCCAGUCCGAGGAGAAUCCGCCGGAGGAGCAGGGCCCAAGUAUUCAGAAUCUGGAUUUCUGGCCCAAGCUCAUCACGCUCAUCGUCUCCAUCAUCGAGGAAGACAAGAACUCGUACACGCCCAUCAUCAACCAGUUUCCUCAGGAACUCAACGUUGGCAGAGUCAGCGCUGAGGUCAUGUGGAGUCUGUUCGCUCAGGACAUGAAAUACGCCCUGGAGGAACACGAGAAACAUCGUCUCUGUAAGACGGCCGACUACAUGAACCUGCACUUCAAGGUCAAGUGGUUGUACAACGAGUACGUCCAGGACCUGCCGGCCGCCACAGACGCUGCGCCAGAGUACCCAGCGUGGUUCCUGCAGUUCGUCCUGGCCUGGCUGGCGGAGAACGAGGAGGUGUCCAUGGAGUUCAUGCACGCAGCGCUGGAGCGAGACAAGAGAGAGGGGUUCCAGCAGACGUCCGAACACGCUCUGUUCUCCAGCUCCGUGGUCGACAUCUUCACGCAGCUCAACCAGAGCUUUGAGAUCAUCAGGAAGCUGGACUGUCCCGACCCGACCGUGGUGGCUCACUACAACCGCCGCUUCGCCAAGACGAUCACCAAAGUGCUGCUGCAGUACAGCGCCCUGCUGGCCAAGAGCUUCCCCUCCUACUGUGAGAAGGAGAAGAUCCCGUGCGUGCUGAUGAACAACAUCCAGCAGAUGAGAGUCCUCCUGGAGAAGAUGUUCGAGUCUAUGGGAGCGAAGCAGAUGGAUACAGAGGCAGCUAACAUCCUCAAUGAGCUGCAGGUGAAGCUGAGCACCGUCCUGGACAACUUCAGCAUCGUGUUUGCCAAGAGUUUCCAGACUCGUAUCACCGGCUGCAUGCGUCAGAUGGCGGAGAUCCUCUACCAGAUCAAGGGGCCUCCCAAGCACGACACCGCGGAGGCAGAUGCCGACGCCAUGCUGAGGCCCCUCAUGGAGUUCCUGGAUGGGAACCUCAGUAUCUUUGCUGACAUCUGUGAGAAGACGGUGCUGAAGAGGAUCUUGAAGGACCUGUGGAAGAUCGUCCUGAGCAGCCUGGAGAAGUCCAUCGUGCUGCCGCAGAGCAACGACAGCCUGGGAGCUCAACUCCUCACGGCAGCUAAAGGACUCUCAAAUCUCAAGGGAGGAAGUGAAGCUAAAACCCUGACGCCCAAACAGUGCAUCAUCAUCGACGCAGGGUUGGAGAGCAUCAAGCAAUACUUCCACGCUGGAGGAAACGGGCUGAAGAAGGCGUUUGUGGAGAAAAGUCCUGAACUGGCGUCGCUGCGUUACGCCCUCUCCCUUUACUCCCAGAGCACCGACGCUCUCAUCAAGACCUUUGUCACCACGCAACACUCGCAGGUGCACGAUGGGAUGGGCAUCAGAGUCACCGGCAAUGAAAAGAUUCGACCUGAUCGGGGCUCCGGGGUCCAGAGGCCGAUCGGAGAAGCCGUCCUGCAGAUCGAUAUGAUGCUCGGGAAAGAACGUAAGGUCAACGUCAGAGUCAUCGCAGUGAACGACAUGAAGUGGCAGACGUCCGGGAUGUUCCGGCCUUUCGUCGACGUCUCCGUGGUCGGCCCCUUCCUCGCCGACAAGAAGCGCAAGCUCACCACGAAAUCCAAGAACAACAGCUGGACGGCGAAGUUCAACGAGGCCUUCCAGUUCAUCCUGGGUAAGGAAUCUCCAGACUGCUACGAGCUCCAGGUGACGGUGAAGGAUUACUGCUUCGGCCGGGCGGACCGGGUGGUCGGCAUGGCCGUGGUGCAGCUGCGUGACGUCGCCAACCGCAAGAGCUGCGUGUGCUGGUGUCCCCUGGGGCCGCGCAUCCAGACGGACGAGACGGGCAUGACGGUGAUGCGCAUCCUGUCCCAGCGGCCGGCCGAUGAGGUGGCCAAGGAGUUUGUCAAGCUGAAAUCUGAGAUCCGUCCUGUGGAGGAGGGAAGAUGA